AGUUUCAACUUUGACCUCAGCAAUACACACACGUGCAUUGGCAUUACAUCAGCGAGAAUAGCCUGUAAAAUCUCUUCAAAAUGUCGUGGUUGUUUGGGAUUCGGAAGGACCAGCCUCUGCCAGAGGCACCUCAACUUCCAGUUUUACAAGAUGGAGGAUCGGGAGCUUCAUCAGGAGGAGGAAAAGAUGGAAAGGGGGACAGUGGAUCAGGAGGAGGAGGAAAAGGAGCCGGCUACAGCAACUUCAGUAACUUCGACCCGUCGGGCCUGGAGCGGGCGGCCCAGGCUGCCCGCGAGCUCGACAAGUCCGCAAAUGCAAGGGGAGCAUUGGAUCUCGCCAAGAUGCAAGAACAGACAAAACACUUGGAACAACAGACAAAAAUCAAGGAGUAUGAAGGAGCCGUGGAGCAGAUGAAGUUAGACCAGACUAGGGUCCAGCAGGAGGAGAAGAGAAAGACCAUGUCUCAGGAGACCCAAGAACAUCAAAGAAGGGCUCAGUACCAGGACCAACUAGCAAGGAAGAGAUACGAUGAUCAGCUCUCUCAACAGAAAAGGAUGAAUGAAGAAAACUUAGCAAAACAGGAGGAUUCCGUCAGGAAGCAAGAAGCUAUGAAAAGAUCAUCCAUGGAUUAUGAAGCAGAGUUGAGACUGAAGAAUGAUAUGAAGAAGAUUGAAGCUGAACUGAGAGGGAAAGCAAAGAUAGAGAGAGAAAAUAAAGAUAUACGGAAGGAGCAGAUCCGUCUUGAAGCAGCUGAGUAUAGGGAAACGGUACUGCAGUCAAUCAAAACGGCAGGAAACAUUCUGGGAGAGGGCUUCAGAAGUUUUAUAUCUGACUGGGAUAGAGUAACAGCCACAGCAGCGGGAGUUACAUUACUAGCCCUCGGUGUGUAUUCAGCCAAGAUGGGUACGGGCGUGGCCGCUCGUUACAUCGAGGCCCGUCUAGGUAAACCUUCCUUGGUCAGAGAGACCUCUAGGCUCACCCCGAUAGAAGCCGCCCGUCAUCCAAUCCAAGUGACCAAACGAAUAUUCAACAACCCAAAGGAUGCAUUAGCGGGUGUUGUCUUGGAGCCAAAGCUUGAGGAACGUCUUCGAGAGAUCGCCAUAACAACUAGGAAUACCAAAGCUAACAAAGGAAUGUACCGGAAUAUACUGAUGCACGGCCCACCCGGUACAGGAAAAACACUCUUUGCAAAGAAACUUGCCAUGCAUUCAGGAAUGGACUAUGCCAUUAUGACGGGAGGUGACGUUGCCCCGAUGGGGAAGGAGGGAGUCAGUUCAAUACAUAAAUUAUUCGAUUGGGCUUCUACAAGCAGAAGAGGAUUACUACUAUUCUGUGAUGAAGCAGAUGCCUUCUUAAGGAGAAGAAAUGCUGAAAUCAUUAGUGAGGAUCUGCGUAGCACUCUAAAUGCCUUCCUUUAUCGCACCGGUGAACAAUCUAACAAAUUCAUGUUGGUGUUAGCAAGUAAUCAACCAGAGCAGUUUGAUUGGGCCAUCAACGAUCGCUUAGAUGAGAUGGUCGGCUUUGAUCUUCCUGGCCGUGAGGAGAGGGAACGAAUGGUUAGGUUAUACUUUGAUAAGUAUGUUAUCCAGCCUGCUUCACAGGGUAGGAGACGUCUGAAGGUCGGCCAGUUUGACUUCAAUGAGAAGUGUAGUAAGAUAGCUGAAAUGACUGAUGGGUUAUCUGGAAGAGAGAUUGCGAAACUAGGAGUAGCAUGGCAGGCAACUGCAUUUGCUUCCGAGGACGGCAUCCUUACAAGUGAGAUGAUCGACGGUAAGGUAGUGGAGAGUGUCAAACAACACAAGCAAAAACAAGACUGGCAUCAGAAGGAGGAUGCAAGGUUAGAUAAACUAGAGAAGCUGCACAACGUUAAAUAGCGCCAUCUAUCGACAGAGAACUGACAAUGUCAAAAUGUAACCUUCAAUCAUUGAUAUAAAAAAAACCUGCCACUGGAAACACUUCAAAAGUAUUCCAAAAGGUCUAAUGCUCACAAAGUUCCACACUUUUUCCUGUGGCAUGUGGUUGUUGUGUAAUACGUGUUGGUAUUGCCCCAUAUACUGUUAAUAGUGUCCAUGUUGUGCAUGCAGCAACAUAUAUGACAAGCUCUAUUCAGUUUUCUUACAUCAAUGACCCAAAUAGUGCCAUCUAUCGAUAUAGAACUGGCAGUAAUGAAAUAUGUUGUCAAAUGGCACCAUCUAUGGACAUAACACUGACAAUGUCAAUUGUAACAUAAAUUGCCCCAUCUAUCAAUAUAUAACUCGCAAUGUCAAAAUGUAAUAUCAAAUAGCGUCAUCUAUCACGAUAGACCUGGCAAUGUCAAAAUGUUACCUCAAACAUAUAACAAGCUCUAUCCAGUUUUCUUACCUCAAUGACUCAAAUAGUGCCAUCUAUCGAUAUAGAACUGGCAAUAAUGAAAUAUGUUGUCAAAUGGUGCCAUCUAUUGACAUAUAAUUGACAAUGUCAGAUUGUAACAUAAAUUGCCCCAUUUGUCAAUAUAUAACUCGCAAUUUUAAAAUGUAAUAUCAAAUAGCAUCAUCUAUCACGAAAGACCUGACAAUGAUCAGUUUUAGAAACGUACGUCGACAUAGACGACUGAUACGAGAUGACGUCAUUUUUUGGCCUGCCAUAUGCCUCGGGUCCUCACACACGUCCACUAUCAGAAUCGAGAACAUCGCCACAUCCAUUUUGCGGUUCUCCUAAAUCAUAGUCGACGUGCCCUUGAGUGACGUCAUUUCAACUGCUCAAGCUCAGCAUGAAGAUCAACCUUUCCCUUUUAAAACACAGUUUUCAGUGACUUUUCACAAAAUUAAUGUAAGUUUUACGAUGCAUUAUGUUAAUCAUAUUUGAAAUUGCUUUCUGAACUCCAAAAUAUAUAUUGAUACAUAUCCUAACUUGCGUAAAAAGGAAUCAAAGCAAGUGAAUUGGCAAGUGUGCACAAGUUGCACCUUCGCAUCACCCAACCGGGUCGCCAGGCGAUGGUACGCCAGGUCUAUUGACGUAGAACUGACAAUGUCAAACUGUAACCUCAAAUAUCAUCUAUCAAGAGAGGACUGACAAUGUCAAUAUGUAACCUCAAGUGGUACUCUCUAUCACGAUAGAACUGGCAAUAUUGGAAUGUAAUGUCAAAGAGUGCCAUCUAUCAACAGAGAACUGACAGGCAAUGUCAAAAUGUAACAUCAAAUAGUAUACAAAAUAGUGAUACACAUUAUUGAGGGAAUUGGUAUUAAAUGCAUGAGGUACCUCAGGAACGGUUCUAGCAUGCCCAAGGUAUAGCUGAGAGCGUUCAGACUGUUUCAAGGGUAACAAGUCUGUGUUAUUAUGCCAAUGCCCAAGCAAAGUGAUGUGUGUUAGUGGUAUAUGUUUGAUAAGGUAGUUGGGUGGAUCCUUGUUAUUUGAUAAACCAUCCUCAUCUCAAAACCUGUGCUUUAUUUUUUUUAUUAGAUAGUGAGGUGGGUCCUUGUUAUUUGAUAAAUCAUCCUCAUCUCGGAACCAUGACUCGUCAGCAGAACUAUUAAUAAGCAGAUUUUACUGUUGGCUAAAAUAAAUAACCGGUCACAUGGUUUUUUUCAGCUAGUCCAGUGAUCAGUAUCCAUAUAUCACUAUUUAAUAAGACCAUCUAUCACGUACAUGUAGUCUGCAAGCACAGACCCUGAUUGAAACUUUGAUUAACAAAUGGGCCUUUACAAAAGACUAGCACAUUUAAAACUUGCUUAAGGUAAGAGGGCCCUCAGCACAAGUCGUUGUAGGCUGUGCAAUCAGGCGCUUUAACUUUAGUGAGGGGUUUGCAAGCAGACUAUCUAUCACUAUAGAACUGACAAUGUCAAAUUGUAAUGAAAUUUCAAUGCAUAUGGUGCUAAUAAAUUCCUUGUAUGUUGGAGAUUUGACAAAUAUUCACUUUUAAUGAGUCAGUAUAGUGAUUUUCUGUCGACCUCCCGUAACAAUAUUAAAAUAUAAAUGCCAGUUUAAUGAUUUUAAAAUGAGUUUGUACAGAAUCAAAUAAAAUGACCACCCAAGUGUCUGUAUGUACUAUAAAUAAAAAUAAUGUUCCCAAGGAUUCUGGAAGAUAUUUUUUUUGCUGAGAAAUUAUCAAAACAAACAUGAAAUUUCAGCCAAAUAUCUGGUCUCUUUUCCAAGCAAUAAUCAUACUCUGUCCCACAUAUGCUUUAUAUCUGUGUUGGUGAUCUUCAGUGUGGUCGGUUUUCAGCUGAGAUUUCAUGAUUUCACAAGGUUCAGUUUAUCUGACUAUACCAUAUACCAGAUCUACUAUGAUAUAGUGACAAUUAACCUUGGUUUUACAGACUUUCUGAUGAAAUUAGUGUUUACUGCAACUACUUUCAUUUAUCUGUAAGCCAUGGUGCUUCGACUGAAGGAAGCCACACCAUUUUUUGUACUUGAUAAUUCACUCCUGAAUUUUUUAUAUGCAAGGUUCUGUCCACCAUUCAAUGGAAUGUGUAUUCAUAGUGUUUUAUACUAAAUCUAAAAUAAAUUUGAAUGUAGUAUCAAUUUCAGUGUAUUUCAAAAAGGCACAUUUUUAAGAGCAGACUUGUCCUACACAUAUGUUUUCACUGUGUGAAAGAAUAGUUAAAUCAUUAUUAUGGAACACUCAUUCUCUUUUCAUAUAUAUGUAUAUGAAAAUAAAAAUCAGCUGUGUCAAGUUUGCAUACAAUGCACUGUUCUAGAACCCUUUUAUGCCAUCAAAUUUAAUUUCUCUUGAUCUUUGCAGAGUUCUCAAUCUUGCAACAACAAAAAUCAUGUUGAAAAAAAUACCAACAUUUGCAUUAUCUUCAAGAUUUGAAUUUAUAAUACUUCAUCUUUGAAGUAGCAUUUAUUCUUCAUGAUAUGAAUAUUGAAAUCCCACAGUAAUUGACAAACUUACCAGGGGGAGUAUAUAAAAAGUCUGCUGCGUCUGAUGUGCGGGAAUCCCGCAAGUGGCCUUUUAUUACCAAUUAUCACACUUCUUCAUAGACAACAAAAUUUGGAAUGUAGGAAAGUCGUUAUGAAAAGACAUAAAGUGCAUUUAUAGUGGGAUUGCUGUAAAAAGAUGCUGCAGAGACUUUUGACAAAGUACCUCAAGCACGAGAAAUCCCAUUUUGCUUCACUUCUCCUUGAAACUACUCUUGCUGCUUUGUAGGGAAUGCUGCCCUCAACAGCUGCGAAUUAACAAACAUGUAUUGACCUUUUGAUCUCAAGACAAGAAAAAAAAAUAUUUGAAGAAUUACCUUGAAGUUUUUGGCUACUGACUGCAGCCUUCCUCGGCAAUGUGACCCGAUUUGACCCUAAUGAUGCAAUGAUCGAUGAUCGGUUCAUAGACAUUCGGAAGCUUGUAUCUCCCGUUGUCCUCGUUGAGAGAAGGUUUGAUCUGGUUAUGGUGAUUGUAAGAAUAUUCACUGAAUCCUCCCACAAUGCCCUAGUCUUUGUCAGCCAUUUCAUUACAUGUGAUGCAUAGACCUUGAUCAGACUUGUGUAUUUGAUUACAUUUUGCUCUUGUCAUUUUCUGAUUUUUUUUUAUGAUGUAGUACAUAGGUAUGAAUGGUAAAGUCAAUAUUAGAACAUGUUUAUCAUGAUUUGUACUACCGAGAGAUGUAUAUGAAAUGAAGAUAUUAUUAAAUCAUAAUUGAUUGUAUCAUACCCAA